UGCCGUUUGGAAGCGCCGACCUGGGCGCCUGGGACCCGGGAAGGGGCCACCGCGCAGGCACGGCGGGUGCCCCCGGGGGGUAUGUCCGCGCGCCACCGCCAGGGCUGCAGCGGUCCCCGCGAGAUACUCAUCCCUCCUCCUUGUACUGUGCAUCGAUGAGUGGGAUGGCAAGUAACUCGUGGACCAGGUAGCAUUCUAUGCUGACCUUGAAUACCAACGGGAAGUCACUGGGCAGCAAACGCUUCCCAGAUCAUAACUUGGUUGUUGGAGUAACUUGGAAAAGAAGAAAAAAGACAGUUUGAAAGAAUGGCAGGAGUUAAUAGAGCUCGGUAUACAUCCCCUCCAGAUGGAGGCUGGGGCUGGAUGAUUGUGGCUGGCUGUUUCCUUGUUACCAUCUGCACCCGAGCAGUCACAAGAUGUAUCUCAAUUUUUUUUGUGGAGUUCCAGACAUACUUCUCCCAGGAUUAUGCACAAACAGCCUGGAUCCAUUCCAUUGUAGACUGUGUGACCAUGCUCUGUGCUCCUCUUGGGAGUGUUGUCAGUAACCAUUUAUCCUGUCAAGUGGGAAUCAUGCUGGGUGGCUUGAUAGCAUCUACUGGUCUCAUCCUGGGCUCAUUUGCCACCAGUCUGAAGCAUCUCUACCUCACUCUGGGAGUUCUCACAGGUCUUGGAUUUGCACUUUCUUACUCUCCAGCUAUUGCCAUGGUUGGCAAGUAUUUCAGCAGACGGAAAGCCCUUGCUUAUGGGAUUGCCAUGUCGGGAAGUGGCAUUGGCACCUUCAUCCUGGCCCCUGUGGUUCAGCUCCUUAUUGAGCAGUUUUCCUGGCGGGGAGCAUUACUCAUUCUUGGGGGCUUUGUUUUGAAUCUCUGUGUUUGUGGUGCCUUGAUGCGGCCGAUUACUCUUAAAGAAGACCCUACAAGUCCAGAGCAGCCCCAUGUCUGUAGAACUCAAAAACAAGAUGUUAAGCAGGCAUCUCCUUGUUCAUCUUUGACAAAACAGUGGGUGCACACCUGCCUUUGUUGCUCUAUGCAGCAGGAAUACAGUUUUUUACUGAUGCCAGACUUCGUUGUUUUGGCCAUCUCUGUUCUGUUCAUGGCUUAUGGCUGCAGCCCUCUCUUUGUGUACUUGGUGCCUUAUGCUUUGAGUGUCGGAGUGAGUCACCAGCAAGCUGCUUUUCUUAUGUCCAUACUUGGGGUGAUUGACAUUAUUGGCAAUAUCACCUUUGGAUGGCUAACUGACAGAAGGUGUCUGAAGAAUUACCAGUAUGUUUGCUACCUUGUUGCCGUGGGACUAGAUGGGCUCUGCUAUCUCUGCCUCCCAAUGCUUCAAAGUCUCCCCCUGCUCGUGCCUUUCUCUUGUACCUUUGGCUACUUUGAUGGUGCAUAUGUGACCUUGAUCCCAGUGGUGACUGCAGAAAUAGUGGGGACCACUUCUUUAUCAUCAGCACUUGGUGUGGUGUACUUCCUUCAUGCAGUGCCAUACUUGGUGAGCCCACCCAUUGCAGGUUGGCUGGUGGAUAUGACUGGCAGCUAUACUGCAGCAUUUCUUCUCUGUGGAUUUUCAAUGAUAUUUAGUUCUGUGUUGCUUGGCUUAGCUAGACUUGUAAAGAAGAUGAAAAAAAACAAGCUGCGGUUCCUUAUCAAAGAAUCUGAUCCCAAGCUGCAGAUAUUGACCAAUGGAUUGAUGGCUUAUUCUGUAGCAAGAGAAUUAGAUCAGAAGGAUGGAGAAUCUGUGGCCACAACAGUGACUGGUUAUAACCUCACAUGACCAGUGGCCAUGAGCCUGGGAAUCUUCAGGGCUGAGAGAGAUGGGGCUGUUGGAUUGCAUUGUACAUGAUUCUGACACAUUUUAUUUUGGCAGAAGCAUUGUCAUUCAAGAAAAUUAUUUUCUUUGUUAACAUGUUUAUAAGGGAAAAUAGCAAAUAACAAAGAAUGCUGAUCUGGCCUAGAGUGUCCUUGUUUGGGGAUAUGUACUCACACUUGAACUUACUGCAUCUGUUGGGCAAUGAGCAUUGCUCUAUGGAGAAUAUAAGGGCAUAGCUGAUGUAAUUGGCUGGAAUUAGGGAUGAUUUCAAGUCAUGACCAAAGUAGAUGCCACUGGGCAGCCAAAGUCUUGGGUCCUCCCUCUUCUCUCCUCAGUUGGAAGGUAAAGGGAAGCAUUUACGUGUAAGUUUGCCUACCUUAUGCUCUUUGGAGGAGAGGAGUCAGCUUGGUAUGGUGGUGGAGGGUGAAGAUGCCAAACUUUUUUCAUGGUGGAGUUUCUCAUUAGGAUCUUCAACAGGAUUGUUGAGGAAUACUUUAGAUUCCUUGAGGUGAUGAUUAACACAGAAUGAAAAUGACUGUCUUUUUUUCUCUUACUGUUCCAGCUGGCCCUUGCCUCUGCCAAUGGGUAGAUGCUACUUUGAGACUCCAAAGAAUCAAGAAAUGUGUGGUUGGAAUGGACCUUAAAGGGUGUCUAGUAAGAUCUUCUAUUUACAAUUCUCCACUGGAAACUGAAAGCUCUUUUCCUAAGACGGUGUCGCAGGCCUCAUCCCUAUUACUAUCACAUGCAACACUUACUAUAAAUUUGGUAGAACACAUAUUAGAGGGGCAAGAGCGACUUCUCAAUCUUACCUGAAAUGUUAACACCACCUCAACUUCUCCCUCUUUUUUUUCUUCAGGGAAAAUCUCCUAUUGGAACUGUAGACACAUUCCUGUUAGGAAGAGAAAGGUAUUGGCAGCAUUCCAACUGGGCAGGACUUGAAUUCUUGAAUCUGCAGGUCUCUGGUGAGCUUUUGUUUUUCAGAUCAGACUCUUUGUUUCAUCAUUAUUCAAAACAGUCCUUUGUGGUUUUAUCUGAAAAAUAAAACCUAAAGGUGAGAUUCCUUUCUCCCUGUGUUAAUUCUUGUUCUGAUGUCCACUGCUGCUCAUCUCUCUGUAAUUAUUAAAAACUUGGUGGACCUUUUCAGCUGAAUGAGAAGCCGUCAAGGAUUAACCUCAGCAUUGUAGCACUCUCAUUCAUUACAACUUUGGCCAGGGGGAAGGGAGAGGGAGGAGAAGGUUAAGAAGCUUAGUGGUUUACAGAAUUCUUUCACAAACCUUAACUCAUUGAAUUAGAAUGGUUUACUUGUCCCCAAAUACUUCACUCUCCUCUGGUUUGGGAUCAUUUUUUGAACCUUCAGAUUAAAGUGGGGAGGGCAUGGAAGAGCAGGUUCAGAUUCCCCAGCCUGUCUCUAACCAUUUUAUUUUUUAUUUUUUUAUUUUUUUUUAAAGCCAGUCAAAUUCAGCAGUGGGGGGUUGUAUACCAACUCUAACCAUUUUAAAUCUACAGUAUUGUAAUCCUGAAUCCCAAAUCAUGUUUCACGUCUGCAGCAGGGCAAGUUAUGCACUUGAAAGGAGAUUUUAAUUAUUCAAAAAUUGAAAAUAUGAAUCAUAAGGAAAUAUUUUGACCUCGAAGGACAUUUAAUCCCACUGUCCCCCAAGAGGCUCACAAGGGCCCUGUCAGGGAUAAUGGGAGAGAAAUAAUAGCAAUGAGGGAGACCUGGGUGGACUGAGCAUGCUCAGCAAGAGUCAUGGCCCGUAGCUGGAUUAUUUCAUUAAAUUACACGUCAAUAUAUUACUUUAGAAUGAAAUAAUGACUUGAUUUAAUGGGAAGAGAACUAUAAUAUUUCAUAGUUGUUUUCCAAAGAGAAAUUUGAAUGUUAUCUAUUAUCUCUCUCCUAAGUUUGAGAAUUUAGUUUUGAACCCAUUUACUUUCUCAUUUGCAAUUUUAAAAAUAUUUUGAAAAUAGCUGUAAAAAGAGUUAAAAUCAAAUUAUAUAUGUUUGGAAUAGCACUUUAUACUAAAUGCUGUCAUUUUUUGAAUCUUCAAGCUAAAGAUUUUUUGAAAUAUAAAAUUGCUAUAAAUAUUCUUAUACGUAUUUUUUUCAUAGUGAUCUCAGAAAAAUGUUUUUGUGGUUCUGCAACAGAAUUUGUCUAAAGUAUUAAGUAUUCAUGAAAAUCAGCAUGGAGAUCAGAGCUUUUAAAGAUAUGUGUAAAAACAUUUGGAAUAUUUUGAUUUUAUACAUGUGAAAUAAUUUACAUUUUACUUUCCCUUUUGGAAUAUUUUAUGAAAACCAUAAGAAAAAUGUAUUUUAGAGCCUACCAUUUAUUUUGUCAUCUAUACCAAAUUUUACUGUUAAGUUUUCAUGCACUUACACUGUUGAUUUUUAAAAUCAAGGGAUUCAUGGGAUUGAUGUAUUUUGUAGAAUCAAGGAUAAAACUGUAGUGGGACAUUCUACAUCUCAAAUAUUUAUUUAUUCUACAAGCUCCACUUUGGAAUUGAUGAGUAGAAAAGCAGAAUUUUAAUAAAUACACUAUACC